AUGACAUCAGUGCGCCUGGGAAAGAUGGGCGAGACUGAGCAGAGCUGAGUAGGAGCCGAUUGCUGGUAGCAGAGGAGCGGGAGGCAGGUUAGCAGGGUCCUGAUUCCUGCUAGCUAGGACUGGUCUCCCUCUUGUACCCUCCCACCACGGCGGCACACGUGAAGCCCACUGUGUGCAGAGUCAUCGUCUACCUGCAGCGAGAGAUGUCUGGCGACACUUGUCUGACGGCAAUGUGCCCUGCCUCUGGGGCCAAGCCUAAAACCUACAGCUUUAAAGGGGGCUGUCUAGGAAACAAGUAUGUUCGGCUGAAUGUGGGCGGUUCGUUGCACUACACCACAGUGCAGGUCCUGACAAGACAUGACACCAUGCUUAAGGCAAUGUUCAGUGGACGUAUGGAGGUCCUCACUGAUAAGGAAGGCUGGAUUCUUAUUGACCGAUGUGGAAAGCAUUUUGGAACCAUUCUGAACUAUCUGCGAGAUGACACCAUUGCACUUCCCAAGAACAGACACGAGAUCAAAGAACUUAUGGCAGAAGCUAAAUAUUAUCUAAUUCAGGGGCUGGUAGACAAGUGCCAGACAGCAUUGCAGGAUAAGAAUGAGUCAUACGAAGCAGUAUGUAAUAUCCCCAUCAUCACAUCUCCAAAAGAAGAAGAGAAACUGAUUGAAUCAUCUGCCAAGCCUGUGGUCAAACUCCUGUAUAAUAGAAGCAACAACAAGUAUUCAUACACCAGCAACUCUGAUGACAACCUUCUGAAAAACAUUGAGCUGUUUGAUAAGCUUUCCCUCCGAUUCAAUGGACGAGUCCUAUUCAUAAAGGAUGUGAUCGGAGAUGAAAUCUGCUGCUGGUCUUUCUAUGGUCAGGGGAGGAAAUUGGCAGAAGUUUGCUGUACCUCCAUAGUUUAUGCCACCGAGAAGAAGCAAACAAAGGUUGAAUUUCCUGAAGCACGAAUUUAUGAAGAGACGUUAAAUGUUUUGCUUUACGAAACUCCACGAGUCCCUGACAACUCUUUGUUGGAGGCCACAAGCCGUACACGCAGCCAAGCAUCUCAUAGUGAAGACGAUGAUGGUUUUGAGCUGCGUGACCGGGUUCGGCGCAUACAUGUCAAGAGAUACAGCACCUAUGAUGACAGGCAACUUGGCCACCAGUCUGCUUACAGGGACUGACUGUGACUACGGCAGAGAUUUGCAUAAGAACGCGGUGAAGACCUCUUCGCCUAGAUAAAUUUAUAGCCAUAGUCUUCGGUUCACUGCAUCUCUAAUAUUAUGCAUGAUAAUCAGUCAUCCAGCCUUCAGCAUCAAAUGGAUGACUAUAAGUUUUUCUGGACAGUGGAGUUAGACUCCAUUCUAGCAAUAUUAAGCACAGAAGACUUGAUGUCCUCCCAGACAUUUUGAUUGAG